UCCGACUGCACGUGAACGCAGCGGUUGUGCACAGGACUUUAUUGCUGGUCCAAAGUCCAGACAGGUUAAUUGUAAGUAGAUAGCUGUGUGCCAAACAACUCCUUAUGUCUAUGUUUUGUGUUUUUUGACGGUGUUUACAAUCUUCAAAUUUUGCAGAGGAGACUCUUGCUGUGGUGAUCAAUCUAAAGACUACCUGAUGACAAUGACGUUUCCAGACUAAGAGCCUGCCCUUUGUCACCUGCUGUCAUCAAACAAAUGCAGUAUAACCUCUUAAAGCAGCAUAAAGCUCCAUUAUCCAGCACAUUUCUUGCCUUACUGCUACCAUUCCACUGUACCAGCAGAUCCUCAAACAUUAUCUGCCUGCUCAACACUUCCCCAGGUGCAUUUCAUUCGCUGUGAAAAGCUCCUCCACAAGUUGUAUUCUCACUUCAGAGAACCCUCCAUUCCCAGAUGAUGCGGACGGACAGCAAAGGCCGAAGCGCCUCCCCUCACAGGAUAACCUACAAGUCUGACUUCCACGCCAUCAAAUGCUCAUUUGACUCUGCUUCCAAUCUACAACCAGGGACCAAAGCUGCUCCGCACUCUGCCAUGCACCCAACCAGGCUGCCAUCCAGCCUGUCAGAUCCCAUAAUGUCCAAAACCACCACCAGCACCAGUGCCAGCACAGGCAGCAGAGGGAGAGUCCUCAGCAGCAGGGGGACCAAGAUUAGAGACAACAUCUUCCUGCAAAUGGACAACCAGCAGCUGAAACAAGAUGGCGCUCCAGUGCAGAGUUCUGGCUCCACACCCCUCCUUGCUCCCCAUAACCCCACCCUACAGCUCCAAACUUCACCUUUCCCUGCAUCCAGACGUUCAGUCCUGAGUGCCUCGUCUGUUCUGAGCGCUGCGGCCAGCAUUUCGACUGCAGAAUCUUCUCUGCAAGAUAGAUCAUGCAGAUCGGAGGAGAUAGUGGAUAUCGACAGAGCUGCUCUGGCUCAGAAGUUCUCUGUAACCCGGCAGUUGUUUGAGACCAAGGUGAUGGAGGUUGGAGGGCAGGUUUCGAGAGGAUGGGGAAGCAAAGGGGUGGCGGAUGGGAAAGAAGAAGAAGAAGGGGAAGGGGAAGAGGGGAUAGGAGGAGGCCAGGUAGAAAAAGAGGAAGACGAGAGUGGGAAAAGGGCUCACACAGAGGAUAGCGUUGAUAAAGACAAAUCCAUAAACCUACCCGUCAUAAAUAUUCCCUCGCCAAAGCCUCCUGCACAGGCCUCGCUGACACAGCACCCUAAAUCUCCUGUGUCGGAUGGCGCUAGUGAAUCAUCCUCCUAUCUCGACAAACGCGGUCAAACCACAGGAUUGCAAACAGAGGAAGACAGGACAGCAACUCUUGACCUCUACUUGACCCCUGAGGAGCCAGUGAGGGCAGAACUAGUCGACUUAAAGAACGGGUCAUCAGAAAGUGAUGAGAAUGAGGAAGAAAAGGUGCAGAAAGAGGACAAAAAGUGGCUCAAAGAUGAGGGGGAAAAGUACAUGAACAAAGUGUCAGGAUAUAGUGUGCAGGAGCUGGUGGACGAUGUUUUUGAAGAGCCCAGCAUGGAGACACCGGGACCUUAUACGCUGGAAAACAGAGUGGAAGAAGAACACCAGAAGGAGAUAUCAGCAAGCAUGUCGUUUAAAAGAGAGACCAAGGACGACGGGGAAGGUGGUAGGGACAAGUAUCGGCAAGUGAAUGAAGAAUGGGAGGGUGAAAGGGAGGGGCAGAACAUUGCACGGGCUGAGAAGUCAAAAGAAAAGAGGGACAACGGGGAGAAAAGGACUGUUGCAGGAGUGGAAGAAAGUGCUGGAAGGACAGAGAGAGGCAUGAUGCAAGAGGAGGACAAUGACAAGGAAGUUGAGACGUACAGUGCGGGAAAGAGGAAAGGUGGAGAAGAAUGUAAACAAAGUCAAGAGAAAGAAGAUGGUUCAACAUCUGAGCUGCAAGAGGAGGUCAAGCGUGAGGAGCGCAGUGAUGGGAAAGAUGAUAUAGGAGGACGAGGCGGCGGCAAAGAGGACCAGACAGGAUCAGUAGUUAUCUGUGGGAUUGAGAACGAGGCUUUUGUGUAUGAGCACACUCAUCCAGAGCAGACGAGACGUGGACUUUUAUCGCAAUUUGAGGAAAUUCCUGGUGUGCCUGAACUGGAAGAUGAUCAGGAGGAGAAGGAGGAGGAAGACGAGGAGGAGGAUGCAGCAGAAUGUGCAAAGAGAAAGGUCAGGUUCACCUCAGCACCUAUCAAGGUGUUCAGCACUUAUUCUAAUGCAGAGUACGACAGACGCAACGAGGACAUCGACCCGGUGUCCGCCUCGGCUGAGUUCGAACUGGAGAAGAGAGUGGACAGGAUGGAUGUCAUUCCAGUGGACAUAGAGAAGGGAGACGAGGGUCUGGGCAUCAGUAUAAUAGGAAUGGGUGUAGGAGCCGACCAGGGACUGGAAAAACUGGGAAUCUUCGUCAAGACGGUCACUGAAGGAGGAGCAACACAGAAGGAUGGAAGGAUCAAGGUGAAUGACCAGAUAGUGGAUGUGGACGGGGUGAGUUUGGUUGGAGUCUCCCAGCUGUUUGCAGCCACAGUCCUCAAGAAUACGUCAGGCCUUGUCAAGUUUUUGAUCGGCCGAGAGAAGGAGGGCGUAGAGAGCGAAGUAGCACGGCUGAUCAACGAAAGCCUGGAGAUGGAUAAAACAUCCGCAAAGAGUGGAAGAGCAAGCGGGGAUGAGGAUAAUGAUGGCAGCAUGUCAGAGAAGUCAUUGGAAGAGGAGGAAGAUGAAGAGGAAGAGGAGGACUUGUCUGUUCUUUCCGGCCUGGACAACUACCAGCUCUGCCUCAAAUACCAGCAGCUUCAGUCCAAACUACGAGGCAAAGUAGCCCAACUUCACCAUGCUAGAGAAAAGUUAAAAGCAUGGGAGGAGCAGCAGGCUGAUUGGGAGAGCCAGAAGAUUGAGCUGGAGCAACGAGCGGAGGAUGGGGAGGAGAAAGCUGACAAACUAGAGAAGUAUUGGCAGGAGGCCCAGACACUGUGCAGGGUUGUGAGCCAGCGACUGGCUGAUGCCCAGAGCCAAUCAGAGAGCUUGGAGAUCAAAUACAGCAAGGCCAAGAGACUGGUCAGAGAAUACCAGAGCAGAGAGGAGGAGAGUGAGAACAGAGAAGCAGAGCUGAGAGGAGAAAUGGUGGAGAGAGAUAAGCUGCACAGAGAGACAGUUGAAAGACUGCAAAUCCAGGUAGCACAGCUAGAGGGAAAAGAGGCCACACCUGAAAGGAGGAACCACUCUGUGGAGUCUUCAGUCACAGGUCCAGAAUGGCAUAUUCCAGUUCCUGAUACAGGACUUCUAGACACCAGUGCUCACAAAGCCAGAGCUCAGCUGGCCCAGAAGUCCAAGCGCCACCCGCCCUCUCGAGACAAACUCAGAGAGAGCUUUCGAAAACAGUUAGAAGAAGUUCAGAAAGCGCAGGAGAGCCAAUCACUGUCUGCUCCCACUGCGAUGCAAAGGAGCGGCAGAAGCGACCUGUCCAGCACCUCGUCGUUCUCGGCCUUCAGUCCUCAACCCGGCUCCAUCUUCACCCCUCCCAUCUACAUCAACGACACCGUCACUCCCUCGUCAUGCAACUCCUCCGCAUCCAGGAAGUCCAAAAGAAAAUUUCCCGACUUCAGUGGCCUUCGCAAGUCUCUCAAAAGGAGAAGUGAGAAACGCCACAAAAGCUCCAUAAACAACAGGGGGUCGUGUGGUGACCUGGUGGACGAGCCCGCUGGAAUUUCUCCGUCGGGUUCAAUCACCUCCAUGCCCUCUUGUUUGCCCUUCCCCUGGUUUGGAGAGCGAGGUAGAGAAAAAGAAGCGGACGCUGAGAGAGGCAGGGAGAGACUUCGGUCGGUGUCCAGCAGCAGCUUACCGUACCUGACCACCACAGGUAGAAGAGACCAGAGUAUUGGCUCUCCAGUGGGCUGCUCCAGCAUGGUGGGUCAUGUCUCUGAUCUCUCCCUCUCUGGACACUCUCACGCUUUCACCUUUUCCUCCACCGAGACGUUGGACGAUGACCCAGUUCCCAGCAAUAACAACAACCAGUGGCAAAGUCGACCCGUCUUGGAGUGGGACAACCAGCAGGUCUGUCUGUGGUUAAUCACCAUGAACAUGGACGAGUACGCGUCGGAGUUUGCGGCCAGAGGUGUGGACGGGAAGCAGCUGCUCAACAUGGACAGUGAGAAACUCAAGGCUCUGGGGGUGUGCAGUCAAAGCGACCGGUCCGCCCUCAAGAGGAAGCUGAAGGAGAUCAAGAAAAGAGAGGAGAAAGAACUGAGGAAAGGAGAUAAGAGGCUGAAAGAGGAAAAGGAGAAGAACACAGAUUUGGAUAAGACAGGUGAAGACAAAGAGAAAGCGAGGAUGAUGAUGAUGGAGGAGAAGUCUGUAAAAGACGCCGGACGCAGUGGCAAAACCGUACGAACUGAGUCGCUGUUAUAAAAGGGAGAGAGAGGUGAUGUCGGAGAUGCACCACCAGCAUGAGGGCGUGUUUGCAGCCUGACGCACACAAAAAUACACUUGAACCAAUUUCUGUUUAGUCAAUAGAAACCGCUAGAUCUCCUGCACACAUCCUCUCUAUUGUUCACAUCUUAAUAGCUCUCAUUUAUACAGAACACUGGUUGGUUUUUAGAGCAGAGGUUUGACUCCAGCACCAAAGUUCACACUCACAGCAAAUAUGUAUCUGCGUGUCAGUUGUAAAGUGUGUGACAAACUGUUUCACAGUGAUGUUUUUUAUCAUGAACCUUAAAUUAUACUAAUGAUUUUAAUAUUUAACGAUGUGCUGAUUUAAGCACUCAGGUAUUUGCUGUAAAUGCUUUUUUUAUGUAUUAAUAAAUAACGCUUUAAACCUCU